GUUUUGAAAUUAUCUGAUAUCUGAUUAGUGUGGUUUGGCCUAUUAUUAUCAGAAGCUGAGGGUGUAUUUUUUUUUUAUGUUUCCCGACAUCUGGCAACGUUGUAAAGAUAAACAAAUGCACAUUAUUCGAAAUUUGGCAAUGCACAAGUUUCGAGAUUGUCCAGAUUCUCAAUUGUAAGAUCGCAGUUAUCCAGAAUUAUAAUUUCACAUCGCCAAGAAAAGGUGUAUUUUUCAUCUGUAUAAUUAAUUGUUCUAUUUAAAAAUAUUACAAUGGAAGAUAAUUCUCUUAUAAGACAUAUUGGUGGCUGUCAUUGUGGUGCUGUCCGUUUUGCUGCCUUAGCACCUCCAAAAGUUAGAGUUUGUGAAUGCAAUUGCAGUGUUUGUGUCAAGAAACAAAUAAAAGGAUUUUUGGUUCCUGCUGAAAGAUUUGAAAUACUACAAGGGAAAGAUAAUUUGACAGAAUAUACUUUUAACACAGGAAUAGCCAAGCACUGGUUUUGUAAAACAUGUGGUGUUCAGAGUUUUUACAGACCUCGAUCAAAUCCUGAAGGCAUUAGUGUGUCGAUAUAUUGCCUUGAUCCUGGAACUGUUAAAGAGGUUGAAAAAUUUACUUUUGAUGGUCAAAACUGGGAAGAAGAAAUGAAGAAACGAGGAGCUUUAUAAUGUCUAUAUUUAUUAAUGUAACAUUUUUAAUCUAAUUUUUAUAUAAAAAAUAUAACUUCAUGGACCCUAUAUUAAUAAGAAUUAUUUUUUAUUUAUAUGAGAAAAUAAAAAAACAAUUUAUAUGCA